GCAACUUCGUAAACAGUAGAGUUCUGUCUUUUCAUGCAAUUGACAUUUGAUCGCAUUUUCAGUGUCAAAGUAAAUUUUGCGAUCAAAGUUGUAAAAUAGCGCAGAAAAACGAUCACCAUGACAAAAGUAGGCGUUUUUUAUUUUUCCGCUCCUAAUGUGAUGUGGAUGCUCCCUAACGACCCUGACAACUUGGUACACAAGUUACAAGGAACAGACUGUCAGCUUCUAGUAGUCUAGUGUGUAUAUAUAUAUAUAUGUGUGUUCAGCUGAGCGUUCUGACGAGUUCCCGUGAACGGAACGAUUUUCCGCGAUUUCCCCUCAAUUCUCCCCGCUUGGCGUUGAACCGAACGAAUUGCCUUCGACACGAGAAUCAUGGAUUUACUGGGCUCCAUUCUAAAAUCCAUGGACAAGCCGCCAGCGGUGAACGAGAAGCAGAAGGCCCUCAUGAAAAAACAGCAGGAGGAAUUUCAGAAGCGUCAAAGAGCUGAGGCGGAAAAGUUGAAGAUCUUCCGGCAGAAGGUCGAAGAGAAGUUCAACAAGUUUCUACAGGAUGACAACGCGAAGGAGUACAAAUUUCCUGCCAUGGACCAGAUACACAGGAGCAUCAUUCACGAUGUGGCGGAAGUGGCGAGCAUCAUGGCCUUCUCCUUCGGCGAGGAAGGCGUCGAUCGGUACAUCAUGAUCUUCAAGAAGGAGCACGCGCCCUCGGAGGAUCAGUUGAACACGCUGCGCCGGGGCGAGGAGUGGAACGAGGAAGUCGCGAAAAGACUGAAGGAGGAGAGAGAGCAGAAGGCCAAGGAGGAAGUGGAGUACGCCAAGUCCAGGAAACGGAAGGAGAAUUUUGUGCCCAACAGCUUUUACAAGGACAAGUAUCAGCACUUGAUCGGCAAGGAGGCCGCGUUGGAAGCCGCCAGGAAAACGGAAGCCAACAGCAGCUACGGAUGUGUUCCCAGUGAAAACAAGAAGGAUCAAAGAAGUAUAGAACAAACUUUGGCUGACAUACGCGCCAAGAAGAGGAGACUGAAUAAUGAGAUUAGUAAUUGCAGCGAUAACAGUACAAAAUAGUGCUAUUAUAUAAAUAAUCAUAGGCAUACAUAAAUUAUACAUAUAUAUCCAAUUAAAUGUAAAUAAUUCAACAUACUGGUAGAUAUGUUACAACGUUAUUACAAA